AUGAAGCUCAAUCCCGAGAAAUGCACCUUUGGAGUAGGUUCGGGCAAAUUCCUGGGCUUCAUGGUCUCAAACAGGGGGAUCGAAAUCAAUCCCGACAAAAUAAAGUCCAUCGAAGAGAUUACAGUGGUAAACAACGUAAAAGCCGUUCAACGGCUGACAGGGCGGAUCACGGCCUUGGGCAGAUUCAUAUCGAGAUCGUCGGACAAAAGCCACCAUUUCUUCACCCUGCUGAAAAGAAAGAACAACUUCGAAUGGACUCCAGAAUGCCAACAGGCUUUGGAAGAACUAAAACGGUACCUGUCUAUCCCACCUUUACUGCACACGCCCAAGAGGGAUGAAACGAUAUACCUAUACCUAGCCGAGAUAGUGGUAAGCAGCGUAUUGGUUCGAGAAGAGAAAGGUCGAUUGGCCAAGUGGGCCAUCGAACUCGGAGGGUAUGACAUCAAGUAUCAACCUCGGACGACCAUCGAGUCCCAAAUCUUGGCGGAUUUCGUGGACGACUUCUCACCAACCCUCGUACCCGAGGUAGAGAAGGAGCUUUUAUUAAAAUCAGGCACAUCUUUUGGGAUAUGGACCCUGUUCACAGAGGGUUCCACAAACGUAAGAGGAUUCGGACUCUGUAUAGUCCUAAAGUCGCCCGUCGGCGGCAUAAUCAGGCAAUCCAUAAAAACCACAAAACUGACUAACAAUAAAGCCGAGUAUAAGGCUAUGAUUGUAGGUUUAGAGUUGGCCAAAAGUUUGAGAGCCGAGACUGUCGAGGCGAAAUGCGACUCGCUCCUCGUGGUAAGCCAAGUAAAUGGAAGCUAUGAAGCCCGAGAAGACAGGAUGCAAAGGUAUUUGGACAAAAUCCAAAUUGCAUUACGCCACUUCGAAGAAUGGACCCAUGUGCCUCGAGAGCAAAAUUGCGAGGCCGAUGCCCUAGAAAACCUAGCAUCUUCCGCUGAAGAAGAAGACCUACUCCCCGGAAUCAUUGUCCAACUAUUCAAAUCUGUGGUAGAGGAAGGUCACGCAGAAAUUAACUCCACCAGCCUGACAUGGGAUUGGAGAAACAAAUACAUCGUUUAUCUGAAGGACGGAAAGUUACCCACGGAUCCAAAAUAA